AUGUGCGCACCCCGAAAUGCGCUGCGGCUGCUGGAGCUGCUGGUGGAGAGAUACCCGGACAACGAGAAGCUGGCCAAACGCUUGGCAGGGCUCCACGUCUUCAUGCCGCUGCUUCGUCUCCCCUGGCCGCAAGCGGAGCCCGCAGCCUCCUACUUGGGGGCAGCCCUCGAAAGCGCCGGCGCCGCCGGCGGCGCGCUGCGGCGGAGCGCGGCCAAAGUGCUGCAGACGGCCAUGGACACGGAGCUGGGAAUGCAGGUGGCGGCGGACCACCCGGAGCUGUGCCUCCAGGGGCUUUUGGCCUUGCUGCACUUGGUGCUCGAUGAGCCCGAGGCCUUGUGCGCCACCACG